AUGACUCAAUUCCUUCCUGACAAUUUGCUUGGAUUGUUCGCGCCACGUGCUCCUAUUCAAUAUAAACCACCACCCGAUGACCUUUUUAUAAAUCGAAAACACAUUCCAAUAAAUGGAGUUGCUGAGUAUGUUCAACAAUUUGAGGACCCCAAAGACACUCCACCAAAAAUUCGAAUUGAGACUCGUGACGAAAAACGAAUUCGCAAAAGAAAGGAAAGACAGGAACUUAUGGCAUAUAAGAUUGAGCAAGGGAUUGCUACAUGGACACCCGCAGAUAAUCCUAAAGCCACUAGUGAUCCAUACAAAACUCUCUUCAUUGCUAGAAUUAAUUAUGAAACGUCGGAAAACAAACUACGUCGUGAAUUUGAAAAAUAUGGCAAAAUCAAAAAGGUUGUAUUGGUGCAUGAUAAGACUGGAAAGCCUCGCGGUUAUGCCUUCAUAGAAUAUGAACACAAAUCUGACAUGUCGGCUGCCUAUAAAAAAGCUGAUGGCACCAAAAUUGAUGGUCGUCGCGUAGUUGUUGAUUACGAACGCGGGCGCACAAAAAAGAGCUGGCUUCCACGACGUCUGGGUGGAGGUAAAGGGGAGACGCGGCGAACGCGCGAAUCUAAAGCAGCGUUGGCAGCAAAAGAAUGGGAAGAAUCUAUGGCUAAUGGAAGUGAAUAUUCGAGAGGAGGUAGCCGAGAGCAUCGACGAAGUCGGGAUCGCCGAAGCCGUUCAAAAGAAAGAGAUCGUCGUUAA